CACAUUCAAUAACCAUACAUUCAACAAAUUAUACAUUCGAUAACCACAGAAAGUACACAUCUUAUUAUCAUUCCCUUUAUUUGAUCUUUCACACCAUAUUAUCAGUCUCUUUAUUUGUUCUUUCCUAGCUUGGACAUCGAUGGAUUCAAAUUUAGAAAUUAAUUUUAGGCAGAAGCAGUGUAAGGAUUCGAAUACAAGGAAUAUGCUAGUCGAUAAGUUGGAGGUGAUACUUUUGGAGGAGGCAGCGAAGGAUUUGGAGUUGCAUUAUCUAUCUUCUGUGUUCACAGAUGAGCUCCUUAUGUUUUCAGAAUAAAGCACAAUCUCUGAUCGUGAAAGUAACAUGAGAAUAAUUAGUUUUAACCUUUCUCAAGCGGAAAAAAGGGAUAAAGGAAAAGAAAAGGCAACAAUAAUAACCACUUAAAGCAGAAUUGCCUACCUUUACCUGGUAAAUGCCUUCUUUCAAAUGCAGAACAAGCAAGUAAAAUACCAAUGAAAGCAGUGAAAUAAAUGAGAAAAAUGGUU